CGUGUGAAAAUAUGUCUGAUAUCCCAGAAGCAAGAGACUUCAUUGAAACCAAACUGACCUCAUUGAAGCAACAAGGUCAAAAACCAUUGAUUGAUACCAAAGAUGAGGAUUUGCAGAGGAAGGAUAGACAAGAGAGGUACAUUCCCAGGAGAAUCGUUGAUCGCCUUGCAAUAACCAACCUCCUUCAUAACUUCAGUAAGGCAAAUUCUACUGCUAUACACCAGCCAGAGAAGUGCUUGAAUUGCAGAAGUCGGAUUGAGAAUGUUAAAAAGAAGGAAUAUAUUAAAGGAAAAGUGGCCCAACUUCAAUCUGAAUUAAUUGACAAAAAAGUGGAACACACACUGCUAACAAAGGACAGUCUAUCUCGAAUAGGAGAACUUGUACAGAUGUUACCCAAUCUCAGGAAAGCAGACAUUACUCCUUCAGUAGAAGAGAGAUGUAAUAAGGAGAUACCACGCAAUGUAAUAAAGGGUCAUAAGUCAUAGUGGACGUUCAAUAAUGAACACCCGCUAUUAACAAACUAUAUUAUAUAAUGCUCAGGGCCUUAGCAUUAGGAAUGAUCUUUCGUUAUAAUGAUUUUUAAAAAAUCUCAAGUAAAAUAAGAUUAGUGUCAGAAUGAAAUGAAUUACACAUGACCUGAGACUAACAUGUUAUGUUAGUCUUAGAUAUUACAAUUCAAAAAGUAACAUCUAAGUAUAACUGAGUCGUGACGCAUCUCUGCAUCUUUGAGAAUCAAUAUUUUAUGGAGU